GUUCUUUUUACCCUCUCUGCUGAGAGUUAUACACACACAGGCAGAGGAAGGAGAGAGUAGUAAGAAACAGGCAAGAGAAUCCCCCGGCGUCCGGCAAGGCAACGCAACGCCAAAUCGGGCCCCCAACAACGCCUUGCCUUCCUUCAUUGCUUGUCUUCAGGCUCUCCUCCUAGCUCCCAGAGACCAGAGUAGUAGAGAGAGAGAGGAGGCAAAGCAGCAGCAGCAGCCGCAGCCAAUACGAUCCGCUCCUCCUCGCUCGCUCCUCGUCGACCUGGAGAUUCCCCCCGCGCCGGCGCCGCCGAUUUGAUUCGCCCACCCCUAGGCCCCAGCUAGCUAGAUCUGGUGCGGAUCCCUCGCCGUCGCCGCCAUGUUCUGGCGCAUGACUGGUCUCUCCGCGGCCUCGCCGGUGGAUACAAUUCUAGACAAGGAGAACUUCACAUUAGAAGAACUUCUUGACGAGGAUGAAAUAAUUCAGGAGUGCAAAGCGCUGAAUACUCGUCUCAUAAAUUUCUUGCGAGACAAGGCUCAAGUGGAGCAAUUGCUUCGUUACAUCGUGGAAGAAGUACCAGAAGAUUCUGAAAAGAAACGUUCUUUUAAGUUCCCAUUCAUUGCUUGUGAGAUAUUUACCUGUGAAAUUGACAUCAUCUUGAGGACCUUAGUAGAGGAUGAAGAGUUAAUGGAUUUGCUUUUCUCAUUUGUAAGACCUGGUCAUCCACAUAGCACAUUGUUAGCUGGAUACUUCAGUAAGGUGGUAAUAUGUUUGAUGCUGAGAAAGACUUCCCCUCUAAUGAACUAUGUCCAGGAGCACCCAGACAUUGUUGUCCAUCUUGUUGAUCUCAUCGGCACCACCUCAAUAAUGGAGGUUCUGAUUCGACUGAUAGGUGCUGAUGAGACCAUAUACUCGAAUUAUGCUGACACAUUGCAGUGGUUAGAAAAUACAGAUGUACUGGAAAUGAUUGUGGAUAAAUUUAGCUCAUCUGAUUCCCCUGAAGUACACGCCAAUGCUGCAGAAAUUCUUUCUGCAGUGACUCGAUGCGCCCCUCCUGCUCUCGCUGCAAAAAUAUGCAGCCCAAGUUUUGUUGGGAGAUUAUUUCGUCAUGCUCUUCAAGAAUCACGCCCCAAAUCUGUCCUGGUUCAUUCAUUAUCAGUAUGUAUAUCUUUGUUGGAUCCAAAAAGACUAGCGUCAGCCUCAUACCAAGCAUUUAGAAGUAACUUGAGCCAUGGGACAUUGGUUACUGCUAGUCCAGAGACAGUUGAUGGUAUGCUGGAGAGCCUAGGUGAUUUGCUGAAGUUGUUGGAUAUUUCUUCUGCUGAAAAUGUUUUACCUACAACAUAUGGAUGUUUGCAGCCCCCUCUUGGAAAACACCGCUUGAAGAUUGUGGAAUUCAUCUCUGUUUUGCUGACGAUUGGUAGUGAAACUGCGGAACAGGAGCUAAUCAACCAAUCUGCAGUAAAACGUUCCAUUGAUUUGUUCUUCCAGUACCCUUACAAUAACUUUCUGCACCAUCAUGUCGAGAGUAUUAUCAUUUCUUGUCUGGAAGUUAAUAGAUCCCAGCUGAUUGACCAUGCCCUUAAUGAAUGCAAUCUUGUUGGCAAAAUUCUUGCUGCUGAAAGAAGUUCCUCCCUGUCAACAGAAUCUAACACACCAACAUUACUAUCUGAAGGGAAGGUGCCUCCAAAAAUUGGGAAUAUUGGGCACAUAACUCGAAUAGCUAAUAAGCUUAUUCAACUGGGAAAUAGCAACAGCAUAAUCCAGUCUCAUUUGCAGGAGAACAGCGAGUGGGUUGAAUGGCAGACAACUGCCCUGGUCAAACGCAAUGAGGUUGAGAACGUUUAUCAUUGGGCCUGUGGUCGUCCGACUUCUCUACAUGAUCGUGGUAGGGAUAGCGAUGAUGAUGACUUCCGAGACAGGGACUAUGAUGUGGCGGCACUUGCUAAUAACCUGAGCCAGGCAUUCCGGUAUGGAAUGUACAGCAAUGAUGACAUUGAAGAGGCACAAGUAAUUGAACGAGAUGAUGAGGAUGUCUACUUUGAUGAUGAAUCAGCUGAAGUAGUAAUAUCUUCGUUGCGUUUGGGUGAUGAUCAGGACAGCAGCUCCCUCUUUACGAAUUCAAACUGGUUUACCUUUGAUGGUGAUAGAGGAAUAAAUGACCGUUUAGCUGCCUCUGUCCCUUCUUCAUCUCCCAAUUCUGAAGAAACUUCUCUAAACACGGAGGAAACUGAUGAGGUGCAAAUUGGUGAGGACACUAGCAUCGAGCCACAACUGGAAAGUGUCUCUCUUGAAAAUGGCCCUGUUGAGGAGGCCGGGGACUUAGCAGAUGUAAGUAAACAAACAGAUUCUAACACGGAAGACGAGAAACUAUUGUGCACUGAAGAGGAAGAUUUGUCCAAAGAAGCUGAAGAAUCUGAGCGACACGUGGAUGUUCGAGAUGGCCAGGUAGACAUACAGGCAGAAGAUGCAGCUGAAGGAUCAUGCGGGGAUAUGGGUACAGGGAUAGCAGUGGAUGAACCUGUCAGCCCAUCAUCUGAGCCCAACAAUGCUUCGGCUGGAGCUUCACCAGACACAGGUGAUAUCCAUACUGCUGGCUCAACUGGAUCCAACGAUUCAGGUGCAGAGUUGCAUGCCAAGGAAGAUUCACAGGAUGGACAGAAAACUGAUGAGCCCACAACAACAGAGUGAAAGUAUGGUUGUGGUAUGGAUUGUACCAUCAGACCAAAAGCAGCUACUGCUCGGCAGAUCCUUCCAGAAGGUAUGGUAGUACUCAUGCCAAAGUCCCUAACCUCACAUCUUGGCAAUCAUGGAGAAAUCAGAAGCAAUGAGUGCUGUGCAACAACAUAAAGCUUUUGCUAUCUGCAGUUGCAAUUUGCAAACGAGCACUUCCAUAUGCCGACUGUCUCACCUCAUCUCCAGAUGCCUUGUCCUCAAUUUGCAUGGGACUCGUACCACGUAAUGGUGGGAAAGUUGGUUUUCCUUUUUUGUUCAGACCUCACCUCAAUUGGUGGUAGCUUUUGAUGAUCCGUUUCAGCUGGUUUUGGCUACGUUGGUAUUUGUCUUGUUUCUUACGCUAGGGCACUCGAACUGUAGCAUUGGCAGUGAGUUUUUUCCCUUGUUUCUUUUAAAUUGGAUUAGCUAUCUCUGUAUUGCUUAAGAGAAACAUACGGCUGGCUUUUUCUCUAGUUAAAUUAAGAGUAUAUUUGUUCUUCUGUU